CGGGCAGGAGCGCGGAGCCGGAGCUGCAGGCGCGGAGGGCGGCGGCGCCCGGAGCUCAGCGGGGUCGGGGAGGAGGCCCGGCUGCAGCCCGCGGAGAUGCGGGUCGUCCGCAGCGUCGGCCGGUACCUGCCGGCGGGGAGCCGAGCUUCUGAACACGUCUCCAUCUCCGUGAGCCGGCGGUGACCCACUUGUUUUGCCUUCUCCUGGCUCAUGCAUUCUUUUGAGUCUUGGUAACGGGAAUGUUUUGUCUAGUCAGAUUCGAAGCCGUCAGCAGGGCAGAGUGGAUGCUGAGGACUCAUGACGUGCUGGGAGGACCCUGGGAAAAUGGAGCUGCUGAUGGCGCAUCUCUGAAUCAGCUAGUCCUACUUGUCUCCGGUUCUAAAAGCCCUCUGGAAUUGAUCUGAUAUCCAAAAUCUUCUCUAAGCGAGAUCAGGGAAAUGUUGAAGUUUUUGUUAAAUAUGUUGACGUCUUAUGUUUUGAAUAAAGCUAGAAUUCCGAAGGCAAAAACCCCGGAACCUCCUGCCCAUGCUCCCGUGAGACCCUGUUAAUUGUCUAAGAAAUCUAUCUGUGUCCACUGGGCUGGACUGUCUGCUGGGAAAGGUUCCAGAACCUCAGGAUGCCUUGGGGUUCAUCUGCUUCCAGAAGCAGCUAGCAGGGGUCUCGGUGUCCUUGAGGUCUAUCUGCUGUGCUCUGCUCAGAUCUAUGGCCUCCACAACUGUGAAGUCAAAGAAUGACCUUGAAGCUUGAGUGGGACAGCAGUGAAGGAGGGAGCUGUUCGUGUGGAAGUCUGGGGGAAGAGAGAAACGCUGAGCAUGUCUCUGACAAACCAGUCCAUAGAAGGCCUUUUCCCGGAGGCCUCCAACAGAUCCCUGAAUGCUACAGGGGCUUGGGACCCACAGGUCCUGCAGGCACUCAAAAUCUCCCUCGUGGUGGUCCUGUCCAUCAUCACACUGGCCACUGUCCUCUCCAAUGCCUUUGUACUCACCACAAUCUUACUCACCAAGAAGCUCCACACCCCAGCCAAUUAUCUCAUUGGCUCCUUGGCCACCACGGACCUCCUGGUGUCUAUCUUGGUCAUGCCCAUCAGCAUUGCCUAUACCACCACCCGCACCUGGAACUUUGGCCAAAUCAUGUGUGAUAUCUGGGUGUCUUCUGACAUCACAUGCUGCACGGCCUCCAUCUUGCACCUCUGUGUCAUCGCUCUGGACAGAUACUGGGCCAUCACCGACGCCCUGGAGUACAGCAAGCGCAGGACAGCAGGCCACGCGGCAGCCAUGAUUGCGGCAGUCUGGGCCAUCUCCAUCUGCAUCUCCAUCCCACCGCUCUUCUGGCGUCAGGCCACAGCCCACGAGGAGAUAUCCGACUGCCUGGUCAACACCUCUCAGAUCUCCUACACCAUCUACUCCACCUGUGGGGCCUUCUACAUCCCGUCCAUCUUGCUCAUCAUCCUGUACGGCCGCAUAUACGUGGCCGCCCGGAGUCGGAUCCUGAACCCACCCUCCCUCUACGGAAAACGCUUCACCACCGCACAGCUCAUCACCGGCUCCGCGGGGUCUUCGCUCUGCUCGCUCAACCCCAGCCUCCACGAGAGCCACACGCACACCGCCGGCUCCCCCGUCUUCUUCAACCAAGUGAAAAUCAAGCUCGCUGAUAGCAUCUUAGAACGCAAGAGGAUCUCCGCAGCUCGAGAAAAGAAAGCCACUAAGACCUUGGGCAUCAUUCUCGGGGCCUUCAUCAUCUGCUGGCUGCCUUUCUUUGUGGUGUCCCUGGUCCUCCCCAUCUGCAGGGCCUCCUGUUGGAUCCACCCGGCUCUCUUUGACUUCUUCACGUGGCUGGGUUAUUUAAACUCCCUCAUCAACCCCAUCAUCUACACCGUGUUCAAUGAGGACUUUAGACAAGCAUUUCAAAAAGUUGUCCACUUCCGGAAAGCCUGCUAGUCAGAUUCUGGGGGCGACUCUUGUUUAUCUGUUGGGUCCUGUAACCCGACUGGGGUUGCCUUUUUUUUUUUUUUUUUUUUUUUUUAAAUUACUGUUGUUUCUCUGAGACCUGGGCCGAUUUGUGCCAUCUUGGGUCUUAGAUUAGUCAAUAGAUUUGUUUUGUGUUCAACUGCCAGCACCAUCUAAACUUUACCUGAAGCUAGGCCAUUGUGUGAAAGAGCACAGGACUGAAGACAUCCCUUAACAUAAUAUUCUCACGGUUUGCUGGAUUGGAAGAAAUAUAAGCUACAGGACUGAGGUGAGAAACUAGCUUAUUCUCUAGCAGGCUCAGAAGGAAGGUCUACCCGGGAUUUUAUAACUAGCUAUGGAGAAUGGGUGUAAUAAAUGUCUUGAAUUAAAAGAAAAUCUGGAGUUAGAGUGGAGGGGUUGCCAGCUCCUGCAGCUCCUUGAUUAGAAAAUAACAUACAGAAAUUGCUUUCAUUGGGUCCCAGUUGUCCAUAAGGAAAGUGACAUGGAGAGAGGUUCAGAAGGUAGCAGCGGGUGAGAGGGAUACUUGGGGCCAGAUCAAUGACCCUGCAUCCUCCAUUCUUCCCUCUAUCUCUAUGAUACAAUUUUCGGAAGUUAACACCCACCAUUAUGCCACCUCGAAGACCGACAAGUGUUGGACCCACUAAGAAUGGGACACCCCAUUCUACCUGUUCUGAUCUUUUUCCAAAUUAUUAUUAUUAUUAUUAUUAUUUUACAACCCAUUGUCAUCAGAGUCCUUCAGAUGUUGAGUCUUACCAAAUAAAAGGCAUGAGACAUAGUGAGCAGUGACGUCUUUACAGGAU